AUGGUGGCACUAGGAGAACCAGCUGGUAUCUGCAUUUCAGAAAUUUUCAGAACUUUUGAGGAAACAAAUGACUUGGCAAAUAUUUUGCCAAAAAUCAGUCAAUACUUCAUCAUUACAAACAGUGGAAGGCAAGUAUUUCCAAAUGGGCUUCCUGAAGAAUACUCUCUAGUUGCUACGUUCCGUCUACGGCGAAAUACCAAGAAAGAGCGUUGGUAUAUAUGGCAAGUUUUAAAUCAAUAUGACACACCUGAGAUCUCUGUCCUUCUGGAUGGUACAAAAAAGGUUGUGGAGUAUAUGACCAAAUCUGCUCAGGGAAAUAUACUGCACUACAUUUUUAAGAGUCGAGAAAUUUAUCCAUUGUUUGAUCGGCAGUGGCAUAAGCUUGGUAUUAGCGUGCAGUCGAGGAUAAUUUCCCUCUAUUUGGAUUGCAAUUUAAUUGAGAGAAAGCAGACUGAUGAAAGAUUCACCAUUGACUUGCAGGGAAGGACUCUGAUUGCUUCUCGUGCUGCGGAUGAUAAGCCUGUAGAUAUCGAACUUCACCGCAUAACAGUUUAUUGUAAUCCAAAACUUGCAACAGAAGAUACGUGUUGUGAAAUAUCUGCAGACUUGUGUCCACGUGAGGAGAGGUUGCUUGCUACGACUUCAUCACCAGCAACUGUUCAUGCCAGCAAAAUAUACACGCUUCCAGGAAUGCAGCAAGAAUCUAGAGAGAGAUGCCACUGCUUUCCAAAUAAAGGAGAAGCAGGAUUACCAGGAGUAGCUGGUUUGCCAGGCCAGAAAGGAGAUAAAGGUGAAAAGGGUGAAAUGGGUGCGAAAGGACAAGAGGGUGUUGCUGGUCUUCCUGGUGAAAAGGGGGAAGCUGGCUUAGUAGGUGCUCCUGGCAUACCGGGUCUUACUGGUUCCAAGGGUGAACGUGGCUUUGCGGGUAGUAAAGGCCAAGAAGGCGAAAAG